AUGUUGGAGUUCGAAGGCUAUUUUAAAAGAAUAAACAAAUUUUGGAAAUUAAUCGGUUUGAGUAUAGACUACGAUGAUAAUAAUACACCGAUGGUACAAAGAUUACGGAAACAUUGGAUGUGUUUCAUCAACUUUUUGUCAUUCAACAUUUUAGUUAUGGGUGAAGUGACGUGGGUGAUUCGAGGUUUGAUGUAUGGAGUUACAUUGUGGGAAAUUACUUACAUAAUACCCUGUCUUUCACUAUGUUAUCUUGGAAACUUCAAAGUUUACUUUAUACUUCGUCAGAUGCAUCAUGUUAGUGAUUUGGUCAAGACCUUAAGACGUUUACAUGGUUCUAUUAAGGAGAGCGACGAAGAAAUGAAAGAUGAAGCGAAAAAAUGGCUGCUGUUUUUGAUCACAACGUCAAAUUUAACUCUGGUGCUAUUUAUCUCAGGUGCAGCAGAAUUUGCCGUGUCGCCAUUUGUGAUCAGUGGUUCACAUUAUUACUCCACUGGUGAAUUUAAACUCGUUUUACCUUUCAUAGUAUGGUACCCUUUUGAUCCGUAUGAUGUAAGAAUUUGGCCUUUUGCAUACUUUUAUCAACUAUGGGCAGCGUGGGUGGCAGCAUUCUCUGUCUACGGCUCCGACUGUUUCUUCUUUACAUGCUGUACUUUCAUACAAAUUCAAUUUCUGAAACUGCAACGUGACAUGGCAAGGCUAGUUAAAGAUGUUACCAGGGAUCGGGAAGACGGGACAAGGAAUACAUUUAAAGCAGAUCUGAUAGAGAUUGUCAAUAAACACAGGGAGGUUAUGCGUUGCGUGGAUUUAUUAGAGACGAUUUUCUCUAAAUGCUCUCUUAUCAACGUUAUGACCAGCUCUUUAAUCAUUUGUGCUGCGGGUUUCAAUUUGAUGGUUAUCAAAACCCUCAUUCUAGUGGCUCCAUUCGCCGCAUUUCUCACAUUUGGUUUCAGCCAAACAUUUUGCCACUGCUACUAUGGGGAUAAUAUAAUGAGAUCUAGUAUGGGUGUAGGCGAUGCUGUUUACAACAGUCGUUGGUAUGAAACAGGAGCGGCCGAGAGAAAAUAUCUCUUGAUUGUUUUACUUCGAUCCCAAAAGCCGUGCAGAUUAACAGCCUAUGGUUUUACUGAUAUUAAUUUAAGGGCAUAUACUCGAAUUCUGAGUACAUCGUGGUCGUAUUUCGCUCUUCUGCAACAAAUGUAUAGUUGAAUUGUAGCAGCAAUAAAAAAUAUCAUAUUCAUGAAAAGAAUGUUAAAGCUAUCAUUCAUAAAUCGUA